UGCCUCUUAUUGUUAUUUUCCCAGGACGAGUACGAACACACUUCAACCACCUCCUACCACCCUCUUGCCCACCGUUCUCUUUGCCCACCAUUCUCUUGCCCACCGUCCUCUUGCCCACCAUCAUCACUCUUUACCCACCAUCACCUCUUGCCCACACAGCCCCACUCUUGCCCACCGUCAUGAGGGGGCUGGUGCAGUACGUGACACUAGGGGUGUGUUGGAACAUGGUGGGCAAACUUCAUGACAGCAGCCUGCCCCUCGCCAUGGCCCACUUGCCCACCCCGGGAGAGAGUGACCAGCAGUACCUCAAGAGUUACCUGACCAGGAUGGAGAGCCGGAAUAUGGUCUCUCACAACUUACAGGGCCGCGACGUGCCCAUUGCCCUCACCAACUACCCACCGUUCCUGCACAUCAUUAGGGAGAGAGGAGGCAACAAGGUGAUGGGCAGAGGCAUGAGCUGGGAGCUAAUGAUGACUCUGGCCAACUACUUCAACUUCACCCCCGUCCCUCUGGUGGCCGAGGAUGACGUUAUCGGCCUCAGGAGUGAGAGUGGGGAGUGGAAGGGCGCAAUGCAACUCCUGGAUAGUAAGGUGGCUGAGCUGACCCUGCUACCUGUGACCAUCACCGCAGCACGGGAGGAGGUUCUCGACUUCUCCCUCCUGCUGGGGACAACCACCUUCGGUAUCCUGGCCAAGAGACCGAAGGAUUCCCCUAAGCCAGACGCCCUCCUGAAACCCUUCAGUCUUGAGGUGUGGUGGUUGAUCCUGGCGGCCACAGCGGUGAUGGGGCCCCUCAUCUAUUUCAUCAUCGUGGUCAGGGUGAGGCUGUGUAAGGGUGACCCCAGACUGACCCGGGUCUUCCCUUGACCAGUGUGUUUGGUUCGUGUACGGCGCCAUGAUGAAACAGGGCAGUAUGCUGAAGCCCAUCUCCGACUCUUCACGUAUUCUCAUCGCUACGUGGUGGUUAUUCAUCAUGAUCGUCACGUCAUUCUACACGGCCAACUUGACAGCGUUCCUCACGUUCAAUGGCCUCAAGUUGCCUAUAGAGAAGGUGGAAGAUCUCGAGAACUUACCUGGCGUGUCCUGGCUGGCCUUCCGGGAUGGUGCCCUUGUCGAAGUCAUCACGACUCACCCUAAGUUAAAGGUCUUGAGGGAUCUUCAGGCUAAGGGCCGGGGCAGGUUCAUCAACUCACGGGCGGAGGCUGUAGCUCUGGUGAGGACGAACGAAUACGUAUACAUAGACGACAUGCAAGUCCUCGAGUACCUUAUACAGGAAGACUUCAAGACACAGAGGAGGAAGGAGGCGAACGAGACCUGCAGCUUCUACACCACCACCCUCACCUCCGAUAAGGGCUUCACCUUCUGGUAUGGUUACGGCUUCAGGAAAGACAGCGAGUACUCUGAUCUCUUCAACGGCUUUUUCCGCCGAUUAUCCUUCUUCGGGAUCCUGAACUUCCUACACGACAACGUCACCUCCAACAGCCCAGUGUGUACCCUACCUAAGGGCUUUAAGGAUCGUCGCCUCCAGAACAAGGACUUCUACACCACUUACGUCCUGGGCUCGGCGGGCGUCCUGGCUGCUCUUACUGCCCUUAUCUGCGAGUUUGUCUGCCGGAAGAGCAGGAGGACCGGACGUAACAUGACUCCUCCCACUACGACGUUUACGGGAAGGAUGGGCUCGACUCUCGGCUUCGGCGGGUCCUCCCAGGGCGUCCAGGACCUCAACUGGAGCAGCAACCUUCCUCCAUUACCCAGCAUGAGACCGAGGACGCCCUUCGAGGUGAGAUAUCCGCACUACAACAACAGGAUGAGCUCCUCUAACACCCCCGCCGACGGGAGGAACUCGAAAAAUGUCCAAAUGACCAUCUCGGCGAGGCAGCAGCAGCAGCACCAGCAGCAGCAGCAGCAGCAGCGACCACGGCGGGAGAAACAACACUCUCACAGGACGGGGAACAUGUUUCUCGAGACUCAAAGAAGUCCUUAUAUUAUUGAAGUCGUUUGGUGAAGGAGAGUUCUCGCGGCCACGAUGAGACGAAAGGAUCUUGAGGAAUUCCUGAGCCUUCGCCCAGCAAUUGAAGGAUUUCAAGCACUUAAGGACUCCCAAGACCGCCGCCUAAGGAUUCCCAAGACCGCAGCCUAAGGAUUCCCAAGACCGCAGCCUAAGGAUUCCCAAGACCGCAGCCUAAGGACUCCCAUGACCGCAGCCUAAGUAAAGACUCCUAAGACCGCAACCUAAGGAUUCCCAAGACCGCAACCUGAAGACUCCCAAGACAGGUUGGACUCCCAAGACCGCAGCCUCGGGAUUUCCAAGACUGCAGCCUAGGGAUUCCCAAGACCGAACCCAAGGACUCCCAUGACCGCAGCCUAAGGACUCCUAAGACCGCAACCUAGGGAUUCCCAAGACCGCAACCUGAGGACUCCCAAGACCGCAACCUAAGGACUCCCAAGACCGCAACCUAGGGAUUUCCAAGACCGCAGUCUAAGGACUCCCAUGACCGCAGUCUAAGGACUCCUAAGACCGCAACCUAAGGACUCCCAAAGACACUCACCUCCAAGGACCACCAAGGACACUAACCUCCAAGAACCGCCAAGGACACUUACCUCCAAGGACCACCACGGACACUCAAGGACCAACACGGACACACCUUCAAGGACCACCACCACGGACAUUUACCUCCAAUUAUCUUGAUUAAAAAGUCAAUGAGUCAAAUUUAUGGACAAACACACCUGGACACAACACACCUGGACACAACACACCUGGACACAACACACCUGGACACAACACACCCGGACACAACACACCUGGACACUUGGGUAAUAUCAUCAUCUAAUUCAGGGUUACAUAGGUGAGAUGAUGGUAACAAUUGUAUAUAUAUAUUUACUUUGUGUUUCAUUUACAUUAUAGAGUCUCUACUGUUACUUAUAAUAAAGAGUUAAGUAGCUAUCUAAACCACCCAUUAAGUAGAUACCACCAGGUGUUGAGUGUCCAGGUAAGAAGACAUUGUAAAUAAUGAUUCCUUGAGUAAAUUCAGGAAUAUCUUUGUCAAUGGAUUGUAAAUUUGUAAAAUGAUUAGAUUUUUUUUAAGGAAUUUUAAUCUGAUUUGUAAGUUGUAAAUUGUUGUUGUUUAUGGGGAAAAAAUAUGGAAUUGGUUUUGUUAGGAGGAUUAUUUUGUGUUUUUGUAAAAAUUUUGUCAUUUGUGGAAGAAUUUGUCAAAGUUGGGAAUUUUAUUUAUUAUUGUUAGAAGUAGGUUUGGUUAUACUAAUGAUCGCUAUUAAUAUUGUUGCUUCGGCUAUUAUUGUG